UGCUCACUUCUGAUGGAGAAGUUCCACUGCUUCUGCUGUUCGGCAGCUUCUUGUCUUUCAUGGUGCUGCAGGAAGUCCCUGGACUUCUUCAGCUCGUCAUACAAGGCCGCCCUGCUCCGCUUGAACCCAUUUUGCUUCCAGCUCUUCUACUUCCUGUUUGUUUCCCUCCUCGGAUUCUUUUUCCUCCGAGUUUUUGACCUGAGACCAGUCCCCAAAGUGGCCAAGUUCGGCGCUUCUAAUCUUGAUCUUUUUUUCAUGUCCGUCUCCGCCAUUACUGGCUCCAGCCUAGUCUCCAUACCCAUGGAGGACUUCUCUGGUCCCCAGCUUGUUGUGUUAAUUAUUCUCAUGUUCCUCGGUGGGGAUGUCUUCACUUCAAUGGUUUCUCUGCAUUUGGAGAGAUAUAAACUUGUUCAUGAAGUCGAAUCAGGAGAAGAAAGCCGAUUCAAGAGCGAUGUGGAGCUGGCAAUUCAGUGCAAUUUUAGUAGCAGCAGCAAUAACAACAACAACAGCAGUAGUAGCCCGAAUAUGAAUUUUACUACUACAGGAACAGAGGAUGUGAGUCAGAGAAUUAAGUGCUUGAGCUACAUGCGAAAUCUCAUGUUGGGCUACCUUGUGUUGGUUCAGUUAUGUGGUGUAGCACUUAUUCUCCUGCACUUGUGGCUCAGUGAAAGCACCAGAAGGAUAUUACAGCAGAAAAGAAUCAGACCCGUUCUGUUCUCAGUAUUCACGUCAGUUUCUUCCUUCGUCAACUGCGGUUUGAUUCCAAACAACGAGAACAUGAUGGCGUUCAAGGAGGACUCCGUUCUCCUCCUCCUGCUGAUGCCUCUGGUGACAAUGGGGAGCACUAUGUUUCCUCCCUGCUUGAAUCUUCUUCUGUGGACCCUCGAGAGGACGUUCCCGAGGGAGGAGUUGCAUUACCUGAAGGAGAACGCCGGGCAAGUGGGCUUCGACCACCUGCUGCCGCUGAAGAGCUCUCUGUUUCUUGCGGCCUCCGGCGUCGGCUUCACGUGGCUGCAGUUCGUGCUUUUCUGCUGCUUGCAGUGGAACUCGGAAGCAGCUCGGGGACUGGACUCUUUCCGGAAGGUCAUCGCCGGCCUCUUUCAGUCUAUUGUUUCCAGAUAUUCCGGAGAGUCGGUCUUCGAUCUCUCCCUCUUCUCUCCAGCCCUUUUGGCGGUCUAUAUAGUGAUGAUGUAUAUUCCUUCUUGCACAUUCUUAAUUCCGAGCAAAAAGACAGAUCUCCAGUUCAAUUCUAAGGAGAGGAAGGGUAGGGGAGCAGAGGCCUUGGCAAUGUGGCUGCCCCCAUUAGUUGUCUAUCCUGUCAUCUUUGUUGUGUUAAUUUGCAUGACAGAACAGACCCACAUAUACUUGGACCCCCUUAACUUUAGCAUCUUCAACAUCACUUUCGAGGUCAUCAGUGCUUAUGGGAAUGUAGGGCUUUCGGUUGGCUAUAGCUGCGAGCGACUGCUGAGGGUUACCAGGAAUGGCCAUUGCAGGAACACAAGUUUGAGUUUCUCGGGGAUUUGGAGCAAGAAAGGGAAGAUCGUCAUUAUAAUCGUUAUGUUCUUCGGAAAACUCAAGAAGUUCGCAGCAAGUGGUGGAAAAGCUUGGCGUACUAUGUAG